UAGGUGUUGAAAGAAUCUUUAACGCAGCCACAAAGAGACUUGCCGUUGACGCGAAUGCUAACGGUAACAACAGUCCUAGAUUCAAUUACAUGAAUGACAACAGCAGACAAGGCAAUACGGGGAUCAAUUUUCGACGGCCAUUUUCAGGAAUACAAAACUACGUUCAUCGUGAAGCUGCUUUGGGAAAAUACAAUCUACUCCACGAUCUGCGCUAUUUGCAAAAAACCGUUGGAUCUCGUCACCCGGAAAUGUUGAAAGUCAACAUAUCAGAAGAAUCACCGCUCGGCGAAUAUUCCACUGCCAAUCUGAUUGGAGAUCUGCGUGCAAUUGAAAAAUCACUAGCACAAGCUUUCCCGCCUAUUUGCAAAUUCAUACGAUUGCUGACUAGCAUUACACCAUCCUUUUCUCCAACCGACUUACCAACGGCAAGCGUCAGCCCCUCCAACAAGCCUCUUGCUUUGUCUAGACAAGAUCUAACUGUUCUGAAGGCCUUUGCAGCAAAGGUCGUCUACACAAAGAUGACACUUUCACAGAGAGAGGAGUCGCCAACUGCAUGAACUAACACUAGGCUCAGACCUUAAAGCGGUAGUUUUAUGCUUGCUCGGCGUAGCUGCAUCAUUGGUGUGUGUCUUUUUGGUGGAUAUGCUGUUUUGCUUGACUGCUUGCUUGCUUGCGUAACAAAGAGUGCAAUUCAAUACAGUGUAAAUGCACGAUGGCCUUGAAUUCCUAACAUGCACU